AUGGGUCAGCUACUUUCUCACCCUUUGACUGAGAAGACUAUAGAAUACAAUGAAUAUAAAAACAACCAGGCUUCGACUGGCGUCGUCCCGCGAUUUUACAAUUGUGUGGGGUCUAUGCAGGGAUAUCGUUUGACUCAAGAAGAUGCACACCUAAUCAGAAAUGAAAACUCCACGGUAUACGUACGAUUUUUCAAUCCGUUCAUAGACAAGUACGAAACUUUAUCGUUGAAUGUCUUUGCAGUCUUCGAUGGCCACGGUGGUGACGACUGUUCCAAAUUUUUAGGCGGGAGCCACCACCAUCGCGACGGUAAUGGUAACAACAAUGGUAAUGGUGACACCAGUGCUGGCCUGAUCAAAUGGAUUGCCUACAGUUUUGAAAACCAUCAUUAUACUUCCUCAACGAACAAUGAUGCUUCCAAGUUCAAAAGAUCUUUUAAAACUCUGGAAGGGUUGGUCUCUCAAAUUCUUAAGGACGCUUUUAUAUUACAAGAUGAAGAGCUAUACCGACAUUUUGCCAACUGUUCAUGCGGAUCUACCGCCGUAGUCGCAUGUAUCAUAAACGAAGAAUCCCUAUACGUAGCCAACUGUGGUGAUUCGCGAUGUAUUCUUUCUUCAAAGGCCAAUGGUAUAAAGACAAUGUCUUUCGACCAUAAGCCGCAACACAUAGGUGAAUUGAUACGUAUAAACGAUAACGGAGGCACCGUUUCCCUUGGCAGAGUGGGCGGAGUAUUGGCUCUCAGCAGAGCAUUUAGCGAUUUCCAAUUUAAAAGAGGUGUCACAUAUCCACACAGAAGAACAAAACUAACAAAUGUUACUCAACAUCUAACCGGCGGGACUCCGCCGCAAGAAGCGCAAGUCACUGCUGAACCGGAUGUACUGAUGCAUAAAAUCGACUACACUAAAGAUGAGUUUUUAGUGUUAGCGUGUGACGGUAUAUGGGAUAUUUAUAAUAACAAACAACUGAUCCAUUUUAUAAAGUACCACCUAGUGUCAGGAACGAAGUUGGAUGCUAUAAUAACGAAAUUGCUUGAUCACGGAAUAGCGCAGGCAAAUAGCAAUACUGGUGUUGGGUUCGACAACAUGACUGCCAUUAUUGUGGUACUGAAUAGAAAAGGCGAAUCGCUACAAGAUUGGUUCAAUAAAAUGAAGACCCGCUUAGAGAGAGAAAGAGGUUUAGUGUAA